CGCCGUUUCCAAGAUGGCCGCGGCGCGAGCGGUUCCUGCGGCGGGCUAGAGGCGGAGGCGGAGGCGGAGCCGAGUCACUCCCGCACUUCGGGGCUCCGGUGCCCCGCGCCGGGCUGCAGCUUACUGUCCGCAGCGGCCAUGCGAGGCCCCGUGCACGGAUGAGAGAAGCCGCCGCCGCCGCCGAGCUGGUCCCCCCGCCCGCCUUCGCCGUCACCCCCGCCGCCGCCAUGGAGGAGCCGCCGCCGCCGCCGCCGCCGGGACCCGAGCCUGAGCCCGAGCCCGAGCCCGAGCGCUGCCGGGGGGCGAGGCAAGAGCGCACAUUGGGAGAUUCAGCUUGCAAGAAUUCUGAGUCUGAUCCAGAGGACUUUUCAGAUGAAACCAAUACGGAGAACCUUUAUGGCACCUCUCCCCCCAGCACACCUCGGCAGAUGAAACGCAUGUCUGCCAAGCACCAGAGGAAUAGUGUAGGGAGGCCUGCCAGUCGAUCUGGUUUGAAAGAAAAAAUGAAUGCACCAAACCAGCCUCCCCACAAAGACACUGGGAAAACUGUGGAGAAUGUGGAAGAAUACAGCUAUAAGCAGGAGAAGAAGAUCCGAGCAGCUCUUAGGACAACAGAGCGUGAUCAUAAGAAAAAUGUGCAGUGCUCGUUCAUGUUGGACUCAGUGGGUGGGUCUUUGCCCAAAAAAUCAAUUCCAGAUGUGGAUCUUAAUAAGCCUUACCUCAGUCUUGGCUGCAGCAACGCUAAGCUUCCGGUGUCCGUGCCCAUGCCUAUAGCCAGAACUGCACGCCAGACUUCUAGGACUGACUGUCCAGCAGAUCGCUUAAAGUUUUUUGAGACUUUACGACUUCUGCUAAAGCUUACCUCAGUCUCCAAGAAGAAGGACAGGGAGCAAAGAGGACAGGAAAAUACGUCUGCUUUCUGGUUUAACCGAUCUAAUGAACUGAUCUGGUUAGAGCUACAAGCCUGGCAUGCAGGACGGACCAUUAAUGACCAGGACCUCUUUUUAUAUACAGCCCGUCAAGCCAUCCCAGAUAUUAUCAACGAAAUCCUUACUUUCAAAGUUAAUUAUGGGAGCUUUGCCUUUGUUAGAAAUGGAGCUAGUUUUAAUGGUACUUCAGUAGAAGGGCAGUGCAGAGCCCCUCAUGGAACAAAUAUGGUGGGUUAUUCAGCGUAUCAUGAGCAUCUCCAACGCCAGAGGGUGUCGUUUGAGCAGGUAAAGCGGAUAAUGGAGUUGCUGGAGUACAUAGAAGCACUUUAUCCAUCGUUGCAGGCUCUUCAGAAGGACUAUGAAAAAUAUGCUGCAAAAGACUUCCAGGACAGGGUGCAGGCGCUCUGUUUGUGGUUAAACAUCACAAAGGACUUAAAUCAGAAGUUAAGGAUUAUGGGCACUGUUUUGGGCAUCAAGAAUUUAUCAGACAUUGGCUGGCCAGUGUUUGAAAUCCCUUCUCCUCGAUCAUCCAAAGGCAAUGAGCCAGAAGAUGAGGGUGAUGACACAGAAGGGGACUUGAAAGAGCUGGAAAGUAGCGCGGAUGAGAGUGAGGAAGAACAGCUCUCAGGUCCAAGGGCACUGGAACCCACAGAGCCCACUGACAGCAGUUUCAACGUCCAUUCGCAGGAUUGCGUGCCUAAGAAGCUUGAGAGGCUUGAGUCUGAGGACGACCCUGUUGGCUGGGGAGCACCAGACUGCAGUACAGAAGCAGGCUUUAGUAGACAUUGUCUGACUUCUAUUUAUAGACCAUUUGUAGACAAAGCACUGAAGCAAAUGGGGUUAAGAAAGUUAAUUUUAAGACUUCACAAGCUGAUGGAUGGUUCCUUGCAGAGGGCACGCGUAGCCCUGGUAAAGAGUGACCGUCCAGUGGAGUUUUCCGAAUUUCCAGACCCCAUGUGGGGUUCCGAUUAUGUGCAGUUAUCCAGGACGCCACCUUCCUCAGAGCAGAAGUGCAGCACUGUGUCGUGGGACGAGCUGAAGUCCAUGGACUUACCCUCCUUCGAGCCUGCCUUCCUGGUGCUCUGUCGAGUCCUUCUGAACGUGAUACAUGAGUGUCUGAAGUUAAGACUGGAACAGAGGCCUGCUGGGGAACCAUCUCUCUUGAGUAUUAAGCAGCUGGUGAGGGAGUGCAAAGAGGUGCUCAAGGGCGGCCUGCUGAUGAAGCAGUACUACCAAUUCAUGCUGCACGAGGUGCUGGACCGCCUGGACAAGACCGACUGCAACAUCGACGCCUUCGAGGAGGACCUGCACAAAAUGCUGAUGGUGUAUUUUGAUUACAUGAGAAGCUGGAUCCAAAUGCUGCAGCAGUUACCUCAAGCAUCCCAUAGUCUAAAAAACCUAUUAGAAGAAGAAUGGAAUUUCACCAAAGAAAUAACCCAUUACAUCCGGGGAGGAGAAGCACAGGCUGGGAAACUUUUCUGUGACAUCGCGGGGAUGCUACUGAAGUCGACUGGAAGUUUUUUAGAGUUCGGCUUGCAGGAGAGCUGUGCAGAGUUCUGGACCAGCGCUGACGACAGCAAUGCCUCAGAUGAAAUCAGGAGAUCUGUUAUAGAGAUUAGUCGAGCACUGAAGGAACUCUUUCAUGAAGCUAGAGAAAGAGCCUCCAAGGCACUUGGAUUUGCUAAAAUGUUGAGAAAGGACCUGGAAAUAGCAGCAGAGUUCAUACUUUCAGCCCCAGUUAGAGACCUUCUGGAUGUUCUGAAAUCAAAACAGUAUGUUAAGGUACAGAUUCCUGGCUUAGAAAACUUGCAAGUGUUUGUUCCAGACACUCUUGCUGCGGAGAAGAGCAUUAUUUUGCAGCUACUCAAUGCAGCCGCGGGAAAGGACUGCUCCAAAGAGUCAGAUGAUGUCCUGAUUGACGCCUAUCUCCUGCUAACCAAGCACAGCGAUCGCGCUCGGGACUCGGAAGAUAGCUGGGCCACGUGGGAGGCACAGCCCGUCAAAAUUGUGCCUCAGGCCGAGACUGUUGAUACCCUGAGAAGCAUGCAGGUGGAUCAUCUUUUAUUAGUGGUCAUGCAGUCUGCGCAUCUCACCAGCCAGAGAAAAGCUUUCCAGCAGUCCAUCGAGGGACUCAUGACUCUCCGCCAGGAGCAGACGUCCAGUCAGCCGGUCAUCGCCAGAGCUUUGCAGCAGCUAAAGAAUGAUGCACUAGAGCUUUGCAACAGAAUAAGUGAUGCCAUUGACCGAGUGGACCACAUGUUCACUUCAGAAUUUGAUGCUGAAGUUGAUGAAUCUGAGUCUGUCACGUUACAGCAGUACUACCGAGAAGCAAUGAUUCAGGGCUACAACUUUGGGUUCGAGUAUCAUAAAGAAGUUGUUCGUUUGAUGUCUGGAGAGUUUAGACAGAAGAUAGGAGACAAAUAUAUAAGCUUUGCCCGGAAAUGGAUGAACUAUGUCCUAACUAAAUGUGAGAGUGGUCGAGGUACAAGACCCAGGUGGGCAACCCAAGGUUUUGACUUUCUACAAGCCAUUGAACCUGCCUUCAUUUCAGCUUUGCCAGAAGAUGACUUCUUGAGUCUUCAAGCCUUGAUGAAUGAGUGCAUUGGCCAUGUGAUAGGAAAACCACACAGUCCUGUUACAGGUUUGUACCUUGCUAUUCAUCGGAACAGCCCCCGUCCUGUGAAGGUGCCGCGAUGCCACAGUGACCCUCCUAACCCACAUCUAAUCAUCCCGACUCCAGAGGGAUUCAGCACUCGGAGCGUGCCUUCGGACGCGCGGAGCCACGGCAGCCCCGCUGCUGCUUCUGUCACUGCUGCGGCCGCCGCCGGUCGCCCCGGCCCCUCGGGCAGCGACUCUGUGCCAGCCAAACCUGUCAGCAGUGCCCAUGAUACCAGGGGUUCCAGCGUCCCUGAGAACGACCGGUUGGCUUCCAUAGCCGCCGAGUUACAGUUUCGGUCCCUGAGCCGCCACUCAAGCCCCACAGAGGAGCGCGACGAACCAGCAUAUCCAAAAGGUGAUUCAGGUGGGUCAGCUCGAAGAAGCUGGGAACUUCGGACACUUAUCAGCCAGACGAAGGACAGUGCUUCCAAACAAGGACCCAUAGAAGCUAUCCAGAAGUCAGUCCGCUUGUUUGAAGAAAAGAGGUAUCGAGAAAUGAGGAGAAAGAAUAUCAUUGGUCAAGUGUGUGAUACCCCUAAAUCUUACGAUAACGUUAUGCACGUAGGCUUGAGGAAGGUGACCUUCAAGUGGCAAAGAGGAAACAAAAUUGGGGAGGGGCAGUAUGGGAAGGUCUACACCUGUAUCAGUGUUGACACAGGCGAGUUGAUGGCUAUGAAGGAGAUUCGAUUUCAGCCUAAUGACCAUAAAACUAUCAAGGAAACUGCAGACGAAUUGAAAAUCUUUGAGGGCAUCAAACACCCCAAUCUGGUUCGGUAUUUUGGUGUGGAGCUUCAUAGAGAAGAAAUGUACAUCUUCAUGGAGUACUGUGACGAGGGGACGUUAGAAGAGGUGUCGAGGCUGGGGCUUCAGGAGCACGUCAUCAGGCUGUAUUCAAAGCAGAUCACGAUCGCAAUCAAUGUCCUCCAUGAGCACGGCAUAGUUCACCGUGACAUCAAAGGUGCCAACAUCUUCCUCACCUCCUCCGGACUCAUCAAGCUGGGCGAUUUCGGAUGCUCGGUAAAGCUUAAGAACAACGCGCAGACCAUGCCGGGCGAAGUGAAUAGCACGCUGGGGACAGCAGCAUACAUGGCUCCUGAGGUCAUCACUCGCGCAAAAGGAGAAGGCCAUGGGCGUGCCGCGGACAUCUGGAGUCUGGGGUGUGUCGUCAUAGAGAUGGUGACAGGCAAGAGACCUUGGCAUGAAUAUGAACACAACUUUCAGAUUAUGUAUAAAGUGGGAAUGGGGCACAAGCCACCGAUCCCUGAAAGAUUAAGCCCGGAAGGAAAGGACUUCCUUUCUCACUGCCUUGAAAGUGAGCCCAGGAUGAGGUGGACGGCCAGCCAGCUCCUUGACCAUUCCUUCGUCAAGGUCUGCACGGAUGAAGAAUGAAGCUCGUCGGUCCGCGGCCUGGUAGUGUGUGUGCUCGGAGAGUUCUCGUAAUCACUACUGUAUGUAAUAUUUACAUAAAGACUGUGCUGAGAAGCAGUAUAAGCCUUUUUAACCUUCCAAGACUGAAGGCUGCACAGGUGACAGGCGUCACUUCUCCUGCUGCUCCUGUUUGUUUGACGUGGCCCGGGGCCCUUCCGAGUGACGGGUCCACGAGGUAAAGACGCUGCAUGUUAAGUGCCAUUACUACUGUCCACGGACCGUCGCUCUGUCACCUGCUUCUCGUGGGACUGAGAACUGUGACGUCAGCGUAGUAUUUUGACCUUCCUGGGUUCAAAAGCAGUUGUAGUGUUAUCAGGUGUCCUGGGCCUUGUUGUGAAACUCUUGUUUGUCGAGUGCACUGACUGUGAAACCUUACCUUUUUGUUGUUGUUGGCAAGCCACAGGUUUGUUAUGCAAAGGCUGAUUAAUGAAAUUUAAGAAAAAGGUUCUUUUUUCAAUAAAUGGUUUAUUUUAGGAAAGCCCAGUUAUAUUGUCUUCUACUGGCUAUCAGCUUCAGAGCCAACACAUUAUCUGAGACCGAGGUCCGCCACUCCAUUCACGGGUUCCUGUACAGAAGGGGGCGCAACCAGACGCGCUAGAGGUGAGCCCUGGGUUGGGGGCCCCGCAGGAUGGAGGAUCUCCUUGCUGAGAAGCCCGAGGGGCUAACGGAAGGGCCACCGCAGAUGCCGGAGGCCCCUUUAGAGUCUCUUACGGUCCGCUGGCAGAGGAGGCCGGGGGAGAGUAGAGAAGCCUUGUUACUACGUGCUGGAGGCCGUUGACCUUUAAACCAGGACGCGCCAGUGCGAGGUCAGUGUUAAGUGCGGCUGAAUGACGUCUUGACAAGGAAGCAUCUUUUUCAGCAUGUCAGCGUUUCAGCAGUUUUCUAAAAUAGCCCAAGGUAUAUGUCAUUGAUGGUGUUCUUUAGCUUCUUUUCGCUAUUAAAUUUUUAAAAGAUUGACCUUAGAGCUUCCUGAACUCUUUUGAGAAGCUUACAGACUCCCUCCUGACCCCUAGCAGCUGCCUCCGGGUGAGGAAUCUCUCAGGCACGACGCACUCACCUUCCCUCCAGGGCACUAGAUCCUCUCCAAGAAGUUAAGGGAUGUGUAGACACUGAGAAUUUUGUUAAGCUCUCAGUCCUUUCAAACAGCUUUUUGGGGUGCGAUUCACACAGUCCCGGACGUGUCCGUUCAGUGAUCGUCAGUGUAGUUGUGCGGCUGUCCUUCCCGGUCCGCCUGAGGACAUCCUGCUGGAAGGAAGCCCCGUGUCCAUCUGCAGUCGGUCCCCACCCCUGCCCCUGGCCUUGGGCGACCCCUGACCACCUCUGUCUCUCUAGAUUCGCCUAUUCUGCACAUUUCAUUUAAGUAGAAUUUCACCGUAUGUGGUCUUUGCUAUCUGGCAUCUUUCACUUGGCAUGGUAUUUCUGAGGUCUGUCCACGUUGUAGCACACAUUGGGACUUUAUUCCUUUGUACAUAUGUGUUCCUCGCUACGUACUUUAUUCCUUUGUACUGCUGAACGCUCCAGUGUGCAGAGAUGCCACACAUUUUCUUUCUUCAUCUCCUGGUUCCAUUUUUUGUUUAUGAUGCAUCAUGCUGCUCUGAACAUUCAUAAGCAAGUCUUUGUGUGGCCAGGUGUUUUCGUCUCUCUUGGGAGUGGGACUUCUGGGUCAUGUGGCAAAUCCAUGUUCAAUAUUUUAAGAACCUGCCAAAUGGUUUCCAGUGGCUGCACUGUCCUGCAUUCCCAGCAGCGCCAUGUGAGGGUUCUCGCCUGUCCACAGUCUCCCCUGGGGCUUGUCCCUGUCUUUUUGAUGGUGGCCAAUCUACGUGAGAUGGUAGCUCACUGUGGUUUUGAUCUGCAUUUCGCUCAUGAUGGUGAACAUUGUUUCUUGUGUGUGUUGGCCAUUUAUUUCUCUUUGGUGAGAUGUCUGUUCAAGUCUGUUGCCCAUCUUUUAAUUGGGUUGUUUGUCUUCUUAUUGAAUUAUAAGAGAUUUUUAUACGGUUUUGGAUACAAGUCCUUUACCAGGGAUAUGAUCUAGUUUUUUUCUCUCGGUCUGUGUCUUGUCUUUUUUCACUU